AUGGCUCUUACAAGGGUACAAGGAAUCUUCACCUUGGUUCUUCUGCUUCCAGGAGCAUGCUACGCCGCUGUGGGAGGCUCCUGGUGCUACGUUGGAGAAAUGUGUGGACCGCCAACAUGGGUGUCCCUUGGUCAUUGUGCCGGUAAAAGACAGUCUCCCAUAGACAUCGUCACUGCUAAUGUCAGCUUCAACUCCACCUUGGGCCCUGUGAUCCUUUCUGGCUAUGGCGACCACAAAAAGCUACGGGACAUGUCGAACACUGGGAUAACAGUUGAUGUUGAUCUGAAAGACGGACUUUUGCUCACCGGGAACGGCCUUCCAGGUACCUAUAUGGCCAAAACCAUCCACCUCCAUUGGGGAAAUGGACCUGCGAAUCCCGGAUCCGAGCACUGUAUCGAUGGCAAACGCUACUCUAUGGAGAUGCACAUCGUGCAUACCAGAGACAACAUGAGCCUCUCGGAUGCCAUGCAAGAUCCACAAGGACUCGCUGUGCUGGGAUUUUUUGUCCAGGCUUCUGACAGUGCCAAGGGCAAGACCGCUAAAGCAUGGGAAUCCUUUUCUAAGAACCUCCAACGAAUCGCUAAAAAGGGUUCGGAUACGGACCUCCAAGGCGCCGUCUCUCUCCAGGACUUAAUGGGUUCCACAAAUCUUGCCCGCUAUUACCGCUACAGCGGGUCCCUCACCACUCCCAACUGCGACGAGGUGGUAAUCUGGUCUGUCUUUGCUGAUCCCAUUCUGGUGCCAACCAAAGUGGUGGCAUUUUUCCCAUUCAAUAUCCGUUCCACGGAUUCUUCUGUGGGGCCUCACCUGGAGAACAACUUCCGCCCCACACAGCCGAUCCACGAUCGAAUGGUGGAAGUGUCCUUCUUUGCGAAGCCUCGUUCGGCCGCCCCCCAAGCCUCCCAGACGACGGCACUCAUCCUGCUGUUCCUUGGUGUCAGCGCUCUUGGGUUCUUACCUGUAUAA